UACCAUCCGCGUCACCGCCUCCCAUCAUCCCGAGCCUACGUCAUCAUUGAGUCAGAGCAGGCUAGCUAAGCUAACGCCUCCGUCAAUGUAAACAUGUAAACAUGUAAACAUGGAGCCCUGUCAGCGGUCUAUGGAGUAACCUGUACUGCUAUUACGCGGCGUUUCCUAGUUGUUAACCAGUUCGUCUGUAGUAUCCGGGUGAUGAAGGCUGUGUCGUUACCGGGGCAAUGUAGUGUUGUUAGCUUGAUAACUAGCUAACACUGAUAGCUGGUGAGCUACCUGUCAGACAGGCCGUGUUGGUGUGAGGCUGGCCUCGCUGAUUAACGCAGCUACAUCCAGGUUAGCCAGAGCAAAGGGAGGAUGGCAGGUAAUGUAAUCUAACAAGGACACAUCGAGAGAGAGAGAACAUGAGUAAAUCUAGAGCUGGUGCUUCGUCACCUGCGAAUGGAAGACAAGGCUGGGAUAGCAGACGGAAGAGGAAGACUGCGGACAUCUCGCAGGCCCUCAGUGCCAGUCCAGUGGAUGUGGCUGCUCUGAGGAGGAUGGCUAUCAGUGAAGGAGGACUGCUGACUGAUGAGAUCCGCUGUCAAGUCUGGCCAAGGCUUCUCAACGUGCCUCCUCACGUCCUGGAACAAGAGCCAGAAACGGUGGAGCGGGAAAAUAACAAGGACUACAACCAGGUGCUGCUGGAUGUCCAGCGCUCGCUGCGGCGGUUCCCACCUGGUAUGCCAGAUGAGCAGCGGGAAGGUCUCCAGGAAGAACUAAUUGACAUCAUCCUCCUAGUUCUGAAACGCAACCCCCAGCUGCACUACUACCAAGGAUACCAUGAUAUUGUUGUCACCUUCUUAUUGGUCCUGGGAGAGCGCCUUGCUACUGCUCUUGUGGAAAAGCUCUCCACGCACCACCUCAGGGACUUCAUGGAUCCUACCAUGGACAACACGAAGCACAUUCUUAACUAUUUGAUGCCCAUCAUUGAGAGGGUCAACCCUGAGGUGCAUGACUUCAUGCAACAGGCUGAGGUGGGGACAGUCUUCGCUCUCAGCUGGCUGAUCACCUGGUUUGGCCACGUCCUGUCAGACUUCCGCCAUGUUGUCCGGUUGUAUGACUUCUUCCUGGCCUGCCAUCCAUUGAUGCCCAUCUACUUUGCUGCUGUGAUUGUACUGUACAGAGAAGAGGAAGUGUUGGAUUGUGAAUGCGAUAUGGCCAUGGUUCAUCACCUAUUGUCUCAGAUUCCCCAGGACCUACCAUAUGAGACACUCAUCAGCCGAGCGGGAGACCUCUUUGUCCAGUUCCCUCCCUCUGAACUGGCCAGAGAGGCUGCUUCACAUGACAGCAUGGCAGCCUCUACCUUUAAGGACUUUGACCUUGCGUCCACUCAACAGCGACCAGACUCUGUUCUCCGUCGCCGACGCAGACAGAAACAGGCCGCGCUGGAGAGUUCGGCGGCGAACGCUGUAGCGGCCGUGGCCCAACCUUCAACGGCACGGCGGUUGGUUCGCCUGGCCGUCAUGGGUCUCACGGUGGCUUUAGGGGCGGCGGCUCUCGCUGUGGUCAACACCGCCCUGGAGUGGGCCCCCAAACUGGAUUUGUUUCCAUGAACUGCUCCUCUUAUACCUCCGACGUAUGACUGAAUCCAGCUGAUGGGUCUGUUUUCCCACGAACCAUUUAAUUAAUGAAACCACAAACACGCAGUCGACAACACUGUCUGGAGUGUUCUCUCUAAACGGAACUAGUUAACGCUCCUCUUUCGUCUUCUAGGAUGUGUGGUAACAUCCUAUGUGGGGCAUCUAUAAGUCUCCAGCUGACGGUCCUUUUUAUGAACCCUGAUAUAUAACAGCAACAACUGCUGGUGUUCUGAAACGAAGCAUCCAUCCUGUUAUAACGAAGAGACUGUUUUUCUAAGAACUAUUACUAAUGGUGUCAUUAAAGUGUAUUUAUAUUUGGUAUUAGGAUAAUCUGAAUAUUGAAUUAUGCUCACAGAGAUACAGUAUAUGCUGAAAGCUUGGUGGACUCGCGACACUUGAAACUGCUGCCAAUUAAAAAAGCUGGGGUGAA